GUUAUAUCUAUUAUUAUAUACCAUAUUACUCAGACAAAAUUUUUCCGGCCAGCGGCCGAGACCUGUGCUAGUAUUGUGUAGUACUCUUCACGAAUAUGAUCAUCUCCCCUUGCUACGUUAAUGAGAUUUUGAAUUAGUUGAAGAAUUUAUGUUUAUAGUUUUGGCACUUGUUCCUUUACUUUACAGAAUGGUGCUUUUCAUUUUUCUUAGAACACAUUAUGGUUCAUAAGUUCAAACUGCUUACGUGAUUCACUACCAUUGUUACCCACGACUCCAUCCGUGAUUAUUUGAGUCUGUAACGUGUAAUAUUAACAGAGUACCAAAUUGAAGGCUCACUAUGUUUGUGGAUAAGCAACGAGUUCGGCCCAAUCCAACUCACCAAGCAGGCCCGACAAAAUGGCGCCUUCUUUCUUCACAGUUCCCGUCGUUGUCCCCGAGAUCUUCGAUCAUUGUCAACCUCGCUUGCUUCUUGCUCCGGCUGAUGUUGACUUCGGCAGCUCCGUCAUUCUGACUCACCGUUCUCUUCAAACACCGAACAGAAAUAUAACUCAACGGCGAGAAAGGAUUCACCAGUAUCACGGCGGAGACGGCGAUGAUGUUCUUACCUGCAGCCUCCCUCUACCGCCACUGCUGAUUUUUUUCUCACCUACACCAUUCCAAACUUCGACUAGUGAUUCCCUCACCGCCGGCGACAAGUACGAUGUCAAUUUCAUCUUCCCUAUGCUUAACCCCCUUGUCCCGAAGUUCCAGAGCCGAAAUCGCCUCGCCGUCCUCUGCUGCUCUCACUUUUCCCGCCACCGUGAGAGUUGGAACCGAGCUAGGAUCUCUUCGGAGUAGAGGCGGCCUCGUAGUCACCCAUGGAAGAUCAUCCAGUUUCUGCCGGAAGCUUCGUCGGUUGAAACUCUGGCAGAUGCUCAACGUGGGACAGUGGUGGACUGAGCCUUCUCCCGCUAAAGAGUUGAAGAGGAAGAAGAACAUCAUCACCAACAACAACCAGACAUUUCCUGCUAAAUUAGUGGAGACUCCAUUGAGAAGCUCUCAAGCUCACUCCUUGGAUAGUCCAGUUAAGGUUGGAUCAGGAGCUUCUCUCUGCAUUGCUGUCGUCGGAGCUACUGGUGAGUUGGCGAGAGGGAAGAUUUUUCCGGCGCUGUUUGCUCUGUACUACAGUGGCUUCUUACCUGAGGAUGUUGGAAUAUUUGGCUACUCGAGGAAGGAGUUGACUGAUGAAGACUUGAGAUCCAUCAUAGCAUCAAAUUUGACUUGCCGCAUUGAUCAUCAGGAGAACUGUGGGGACAAGAUGGACGCUUUUCUUGCUAGAACAUACCACCUCAAUGGAGGUUUCGACAACCGAGAAGGGAUGUCAAAGUUAAAUGCGAGAAUGGAACAGAUUGAGAGCGAGUCUGAAGCGAACAGGAUAUUCUACCUUUCUGUGCCUCAAGAAGCCCUAACUGAUGUUGCAUCUGCUCUUGCUGAUUAUGCUCAAACACGAAAGGGCUGGAACCGUGUCAUAAUUGAGAAACCUUUUGGGUUUGAUCCACUGUCUUCUCAUCAGUUGACAAGAACUCUCCUUUCUAAGUUCGAGGAGAAUCAAUUAUACAGGAUAGAUCACUUAUUAGGAAGGAACCUCAUUGAGAACCUCACCGUCUUAAGGUUCUCCAAUCUGGUGUUUGAGCCAUUAUGGAGUCGGAAUCAUAUACGAAAUGUGCAGAUCAUUAUGUCAGAAGACUCAAGUAUGCAAACUGGAAGGUACUUUGAUGGUUAUGGGAUCAUCCAAGACAUAGUGCACAGUCAUGUUCUCCAGACCAUAGCCUUGCUUGCCAUGGAGCCGCCCAUAAGCCUAGAUGGUGAAGAUAUUCGGAAUGAGAAGGUCAAGGUUCUACGAUCAAUUCGCAAGUUGGAUCCUACUGAUGUAAUUCUCGGCCAAUAUAAAACAUCUGAUGUUGGCAAGGUCAAUGUAGCUCUAAACAGUUCAACCCCCACAUACUUUGCUGCUGCAUUGUACAUUGACAAUGCACGGUGGGAUGGUGUGCCUUUCUUGAUUCGAACCGGCAUGGGACUCAUUGAACACAGAAUGGAGAUACGAAUACAAUUCCACCAUGUCCCAGGACUCUUAUACCGAGAACGAAUUGGACACAACAUUGAUGCAGCCACGAACGAGCUGAUCCUCCGGGAUGUACCAGACGAGGCAAUCCUAGUGAAGAUCAACAACAAGAUUCCAGGGUUGGGUUUGCAAUUAGAUGCAUCAGAACUAAAUUUGCUCUACAAGGACAGAUAUAACUCGGAGGUGCCCGAUUCGUACGAGCACCUCCUCCUGGACGUCGUCGAUGGCGACAACCAUCUGUUCAUGAGAAGUGACGAGCUUGCAGCUGCAUGGGGGAUCCUUUCUCCUGUGCUCGAGGAGAUGGACAAGAACCAUACAGCGCCGGAGCUGUAUGAAUUAGGAGGUUGGGGGAAAACAGCUACUUGACUUGGCACAUGGAGUAUUGGUUGGCGAUCGUACCGAAAAGAAACAGUUUGGGUUGUGUAUGUAUAAUAAAUAUCUCUUACCAUAUUGUGGCUGAAUCUGGUCCCUAAUCAAGGCUACUGGUGUUCUGUGUGACUAAUCCCAUCCUUUAAUCUCAAUGGCAGCCCAACCAUCUUCUUUCCUUGUGUUUGUGAUUAUUAUUUUCUUACAGGAAGAGGGAGGUACCUAGUCAGUUUUACUAAUUCAGAUCAUCAAACCUACAAGUCCAAGAAUUCCGAGCUGCUCGUCCUUUGUCGGCGGGAGUUCAUGUUGAAUUUACUCAACCCUUGGCUUCGCCUGGAAAAAAAAUUCAUUAAAUUGC